AAGUGGUCACACCUGUCACUCUAGGGCGUGGAAAGCAAUCCCUAGUGACGGCUUUACCCGAGCAUGCGUUGACCAGAAUCCCCAUUCAGCUGCCGGUGCAGCUCCUCACAGACCAGUCCCCGCUCCACUGUCCCUUUCCACGCCACGUCGGGGGUCCGGCAGGGAAUAGGGCACAUCCCUGUCUGUAAAUAAGGAGAAAACCCACCUUCACCAUGGUCAACUACAGGUUCCUAUCCGCAAAUUCUCUGAAAGUACUAGGCCUGCUUUGUGCCUCGGUAUGUGCCUGGUACCUGGGCUACCUGUUUGCGGAACUCUUACCUGAGGACUCCGUACAGGUGGCCAUCGGCAACAUGCAGAAAAUAGGAUUAAAGCCGGUUUUGAGAGCUCCUGCCCCUAAGAAACAGAAAUGUGGAAUAUGGACAGUCUGCUCUCCUAACGAGCUGCCUUAUCGCAUCCGGAGUGGGGGAGGAAAAACCUUUUUGCCCGAAAUCUGUCUGGAUGAUGAACUCUUGUUAGGUGGACCAACGAAAUCUGGCGACAGAGGAAUAAACAUCGUUGCUGUUAACCAUGAAACUUGGAAACCGAUAGAUAUAAAAACUUUCGAUAUGUACGAAGGAGAUUAUUCGCCAGCAAUGAUUGAUUUCAUUAAAAAUAUACCAGGAGGGUCACUUCUUAUGAUCUCCAGCCAUGACGAUGCAUCUACAAAGUUAUCUGAAGAUGCAAAGAAACUCUUUGAAAGUCUUGGAAGUAGAGAGGUUCGUAAUAUAAAGUUCAGGUCGGCGUGGACAUUUCUGGCGGCAAAAGGCGCACAAUUGCCCGAAAACUUGGAAAAAGAAAAGAUAAACCAUUCACAUGAAACGAAGAACAGAUACAGCGGCUGGCCGGCGGAGAUCCAGAUUGAUGGCUGCAUUCCAAAACAGUAAAUGGAGCGCUUCUUAUGUGGUCUGUCUUUGGUCUCAAAACUUCAACUACAGGAGAAGAAGGAAUUCUAAGUUAUAAAACGGCUGGUAUUGCGCGGGUUA